ACAAGCCCCAUGAAUCAAUUAUUGAUCCACAAACAUGUCAAAUACUUCACCCUCUGCUUGAACAUGCUCCCCUCCAAGCAUCAGGAUCAGGACAAUAACAAACUACUGCUCAUUUGUUUCUGUCUUGAAGGCUUGGAGUUGCUCAAUGGCUUGGGGUUCUCGGACGUCGAGCGUGCCCAGUUUUCAGACUUUAUCUACAAUAGCUACUACACCGGCAACGGGUUCAGAGCCGUCAUGAACCCCAGCGGUGUAUACGAUAUCGCCACUAUGUCGUCCACUUUUUUUGGACUCCAGAGCUUGCUUGUGUUGAGAGAUACCAUAAAUGAGAAGGUGGACAGGCAUCUGAUCAUGAAGUUUGUUCAACUGUGCCAGUGGAAAACAGGUCCCGAUAAAGGAUGUUUUGCUCCCACAUUGAACAUCGAUGGGACACCCUUUGGGGACUCAGACUUGAGGCUUUGCUAUAUGGCUGUUGCUAUACGGAGAAUCUUGAAAUACGAUCAAAUCCCACCCCAACAAAGGAAAUACGAUAUUGACGUGCCAGCAUUGAUCCAAUAUGUUUUACAGCGAGUGAAUGUUUCAGGGGGCUUCUCCUGUGUACAAUUGAGUGAGUCCCACUCGGGCUUCACCUUCUGUGCCCUUGCAAUGUUGAAACUCUUGGACUACAAUCUACCAGAAGCCGACUCCCACCAGACCCUCAAUUGGAUCGUCCACCGGCAAGUCAACCACCCGGAGGUGUUACCGGGAGAAUUAGAGUUGAGGCAUGAAGACUUUGGAGGGUUCAACGGCCGUGUUAAUAAACUAAGUGAUUCCUGCUAUAGUUGGUGGAGCUUGGGCUCACUUGAGAUUCUAAACCACUUGGACUUGUCCAACUUGUCGGCAGCGGCGCAGUUUCUCUUGCUCAACCAAGACCACCGUAUAGGGGGUAUUGCCAAGGAGUUCGACUCAUCACCAGACCCGUAUCAUACUUUUCUUUCGAUUUGCAGUCUCGCUCUCAUCAAGGACAAAGUAGACUUCGAGGGAAAUACACAAUUGUCGGGCUUGGACGUACUUUUAACAGCCCCAACGAGUGCUGUCGAGUUUUUGGACUCGUUGAAGUGGUAGUUAUACUAGGCAUAGGUUCUUAAUACCAUACAUAACACAUUUAACAAAUC